AUGUUUAAUGGUUGGUCGUUUGGUGGAGAAUGUACGGAAGUCAGAGGCAGGGUUCCGGCAGUUUGGUCGGCCAUUGGUUGCCGGAAAAUGGACCCACAGGUAUCCACAAAAGAGCUUUACAAGUACUGGAACAAGAAGAAAGAUGGGUCAGGUCGGGUUUUGGUGGAAAUGAAGCAGUGGUUCGGGGACUUGAACUUGAAUGUUGUUCUCAGAAUGGUUGUUGGGAAAAGAUAUUUUGGUGCAACUGCUGAUGGGGAUAAAAUAGAGGCAAGGAAAUGCCAGAAAGUAAUGAGGGAUUUCUCUCAUUUGGCUGGACUUUUUAUUGUGGGUGAUAAUAUCCCUUAUCUUAGAUGGUUGGAUAUAGGUGGAUAUGAGAAAAAAAUGAAAGAACCUGGAAAAGAAAUGGUUAAAAUUGUUGAGAAAUGGUUGGAAGAGCACAAGCUUAUGGCAAAUUCUGGUUGUGAGCGGGAUUUCAUGGAUGUGAUGCUUUCAGCUGUAGAAGGCACAAACCUUCAAGAUUAA